CAACCCUGUCUGGAGUGAGACCCUGACCUACUAGGGCACCACCGAUGAGGAUAUGGUACGCAAAACACUCAGGAUUUCAGUGUGUGACGAGGACAAGUUCCGCCACAAUGAGUUCAUCGGUGAGACACGCAUCCCCCUCAAGAAACUCAAGCCCAACCAGACCAAGAACUUCAACAACUGCCUGGAGAAACAGCUACCUAUUGACAAGACAGAUGACAAGUCCCUGGAGGAACGAGGGCGCAUCAUGAUCUCCCUCAAGUACAGCUCCCAGAAGUCUGGCCUAGUGGUGGGCAUCGUCCGCUGUGCCCACCUCGCCGCCAUGGACGCCAACGGCUUCUCAGACCCCUAUGUCAAAACGUACCUGAAGCCUGACGAGAACAAAAAGUCAAAGCACAAGACUGCUGUCAAGAAGAAGACCCUCAACCCAGAGUUUAACGAGGAGUUCUUCUACGAAAUCAAAUACGCCGACCUCAGCAAGAAAACCCUGGAGGUAACCGUGUGGGAUUACGACAUCGGCAAGUCCAACGAUUUCAUAGGUGGUGUGUCCCUGGGCAUCAGCGCAAACGGGGAGAGGCUCAAACACUGGUUCGACUGUCUCAAAAACAAGGACAAGAAAAUUGAGCGCUGGCACACACUGACCAACGAACUUCCUGGUACAACAUUCAAUGACUAAUGGCCCCUCCCCACUACAUGAUGUGGACAGGAGUUCAGCCUUGAUCGACUGAUAUACACUUCAGCUUUCCCAUUUCCGGAGACGUUUAACAAAUCAAAGCUCUUGUUUUCUGUAUUUCUAUCCCAAGGUUUUGGGCUCAUCCAUUAUCUUCUAUCCCUUUCUGAUAAUGUGCUGUGGCUUUAGGGCUUGCUGCACAGAACUAGAAUGAGAUGAGAAUCAAUUUCUAUGGUUUGCUGUCCGGAGAUGCAUAUUCACUUGGAUUACUGGCAGCAGUUUAUUGUCAGAUUGUGGGGAGUGUGCACUUUGUUGAAAUGACAGGAGAAAAGGGUGGAUUAUUUACUUCAGACACUGCUCUAAAAAGUAUAUGUAUUGUUUACAGUCUAGGACGCAGCUCCACACACCUCUGCUGUUCCUCUGAAGUUCAUGUUUGCAGGAGAAAGGGGGCAAAAGACACAAGUAAGGUGUUUUAUAGAGAGCCUACUUUCAGGUCAUUCCAAAUGUCUAAUCCUGUGGUGAAGGGUUUGGGCCAGGGGAGGGAAAUGUGGAAGGGAGGGGGGCAAGGCAUUUUAAUAUGCUAGCUCUAAGUACUGUAUCUCGUUGCUUAUGUGUUUCAGUUGUUUUUUAAGUAGUGUAAAAUGUACGCCACCCCAGUCAGUAUAUCAGAUGAAUGUAGACUAUAACCCUUCUCUCCCACAGUACAGUAACUCCUCUGAGAAUGGGUGCUGUGUGUUAUUGAACAUACAUCAAACUCAAGUGAUAAAUAUCAGAGAGAUGCGUUGGAUAGCAUGGGAGGAAGAGAAUUGAACUUCUGCAGCCUAAUGUCAAACAGUUUUUAUGAUGUUGCCUGAGGCGGAAUAUUACCAUAAAUCUAUAUUUGUACAUUUCCUCAUUGGCUGUUUAAUUAUUAAUGAUGAGAAGGCGAUAUGGCUCAAAACUCACUUCAUGCUUAUGUUUUGAAAUCAAAGUAUAUUUUGAUAUGAAUUAAUCAUUUUAUGUUCACCUUUUUAUUGUUGCCCUAAAAUGUAAGUUUGUGCUGUAUGUGUGUCGGUGAACACGACCGAGAAUUGUCCUUUUAAAUCGUGAAAUAUUGAACUGGCCAAUUCUUACCCAACAGGUAAUAAUUGUCUAUGUAUUGCUAGUGUUUUACUGUCAUACUUGUGUAAAAGUAAAGAUACCUUAAUAGAAAAUGACUCAAGUAAAAGUGAAAGUCACCCAGUAAAAUCCUA